GGAAGUGUCCAGAGGAAACAGACCGGGUAGCCUUCCUUUGCAACAUAUCACCCCUGGAACUAUGAAUUUUAUUUCCAAAUGCUUUGCCGCACACGUAGCAGGGUAGUAAGUAAGAUCCCAAAUGUUUGUGCAUACCAACCUACAGCUAUGCCUCAUGACAAAUUCUGCCGGGCUCUACGCAGUAUAGAGGUUCUCCAUCGUAGUUCUUCUCCAAAUCUCUUCUUUUAUCUGAGAUUUUGGCCUCCAAAAAAAUGUCGUCGCCAUUGACUAUUGUUGGCACUAUUGUUCUUGCAACCUUUACAUCCUACUAUAUUCUUGUCACAUGGACCAGGAGCAGACGAGCUGCAGAAGCCAUUCGAGUCCAUGGCUGUAGAUCUAUCCCCAAGGUACAAAGUUGGGACCCGAUCUUAGGUCUCGAUACAUUUAUCCAGAUCCAAAAGGCAGACGCAGCAGGACGUCGUUCAGAAGCGUACGGAGCACUUCAUCGAAAGUAUGGGCAGACAUUCUUGGUGAAUUCAUUGGGCAAAGAGCUUCAGACGUCUCAGCCAGAGAAUAUUCAGGCAAUUUGUACGUCGUCCUUCAACGAUUGGGGCGUAGGCUUCAUGAGGGGAACCAUCGGCCUCCCCUUCCUCGGUCGUGGAAUCUUUACAGAGGACGGCGAAUUCUGGAAGCAUUCAAGAUCACUUGUUCGGCCGACCUUCAGUAGAGCUGAGAUCGCGGAUUUGGAUAAUUUUGAAAAUCACGUUGCGCGAUUUUUGACACACAUCCCAAAAGAUGGCUCGACCUUUGACAUGCUCCCUCCAGUCAAACGAUUGAUCAGUCAUCAUUAUGAUACUCUAUUCCUUGAUACAUUGACAGAGUUCUUGUUUGGCGACUCGACAGAAUGCCUUGCGGAACAGACACCCGUCGCAACGGAUGUGUUCAUGAAAUCAUUUGACCGCUCUCUUUCGGGGCUGGCUGAAGAUGAACAAACGGGGCUCAAAAGAUAUGUUCUCCUCGAAGAGAUGGCGAAGAUGACUCAAGAUCCAUAUGAUCUCCGCAUGCAUAUUAUCAACGUUUUCUUCCCUGCUCGAGAUACAGCUGCGAUCGCUUUUGGGGAUAUUAUAUUUGAACUUGCUCGUCACCCCGCAGAACGGAAAAAGCUUAAAGCGGAGGUUGAUGGUAUCAGCACAAGUCAAGCAUUGCCAUUUGAAUUCCUACGAUUAUUGAGGGUUACCAAGGACAUAAUCAACGAGUCCUUACGUUUGCAUCCAGCCGCUUCAAGACUAGGCAAGAUAUCUUUGAAAGAUACAGUGUUAACAAAAGGAGGUGGGGAAGACGGUCAGUUCCCAAUCUUUGUGCCCAAGGGUACUGUGGUCAAGUUGGACCUUUACACAUUGCAAAAGGAUCCUACCAUAUGGGGAGCAGAUGCAGAUGUCUUUAGACCAGAUCGAUGGCUAGAUAUCAACCGGCCACUUUCGGAAUCGAAAUGGCAAUACGAGCCAUUUUUAGGAGGCAUCCGAAUGUGUCCUGCUCAGAACCAAGUUCUGAUCCAACUGUCCUACCUUCUGGUUCGAUUGGCGCAAGAAAUCCAGCUCAUCGAAAAUAGGGAUGAGGUUUUGGAAUACCUUGAACGCGUUACUAUGACCGUGGAGAGUAAGAACGGUGCUAAGGUUGCUGCCAAACAUGUUAAUUGAUUCGUGAGCCAUAGAAGAUAUUCAAUACCUCAGUACGAGUCAAUUAUAAAUCACCUGUAACCUUUGUUGAAUCCA